AUGCGUGCUUAUGACAUACACCCGGAGAAUCUCCAUUCCCGAUGGGCAAAUUAUUAUUACUAUUCCAGCAAUACUGACAACCCUGAUACGGUACUACCUAUCCUUAAGGAGCUUACUACUAGUGGCAUAACUUUCUGUCUUUACAGUGGUGAUGUCGAUAGUGUAGUUCCGAUAACAUCUACGAGAUACUCCAUCAAAAUGCUUGGACUGCCAGUUAAGACCUCAUGGCGCCCAUUGUAUGUUAACAAUGAGGUUGGAGGGUACGUCGAGGGAUACGACGGAUUGACGCUAGUAACAGUUAGAGGAGCCGGACAUGAGGUUCCCUGUUACCAGCCUGAAAGAGCAUUACCCAUAAUCUCUUCUUUCCUCCAAGGACAACUUCCAUCUAAACAAGCAAAACAAUAG